AUGAGGAACUUCCCUUUGACCAUAGUUCUACUUCUAUGCGGUCUCAGUGGGAUCUCUGUCUCUGUCUCUGAGUUUCACACAGUGGAGGUCCAGUCGGGUGAAGAAGUCACACUGCUGUGCUCGAACUUUUCCAGUUCUUUAACUCAGAUAAUGUGGUUCAAAGUGGCCAAGAGAGUGAAGCCCCAGUGUAUCUGUCAUUUAUUCAAGUCUACUGAGCCUGCCAAAUUCUGUGAUGGAUUUCAAAAUGGCAAAUAUGAAGCGACAUCCAACGUUUCUAAUCUCUUUCUCAAAAUGAAACUGGUGGAAUUGUCUGACUCUGGACUGUAUUUCUGUGGAUAUUACAUAACCAGAACGCCGGUUAUUGUUGAAGCAACAUAUUUAGAAGUUCAAGGAGAGUUUGAUGGAUUGACAAAGUGGAUAAGUGUGAUCCUGGGUGGUCUGACUGUUGUCCUCACUACGGUCAUCAUUGGUCUGCUUGUUAAAAACAAAAAGCUUCAGAAAGCUCAUACUGAGGAACAGAAUCGACAGAGGUGGGAAGCACCUGAAACUACUUUCCUGAACUAUGCAUCAGUGACCUUCCAUCCAAAGACAAAUAGAAACCUCAGGCCUGGAUCAAAAAGUGAAGUGGAAACAACUGUAAUUUAUUCUGCUACCACAUAAAUUCAGGAAGCACCUGAAACUACUUU